GUCGUGUUUUAAGUCCUUGUGCAGACAUCUAAGAAUGAUAUACCUUAUGCAGGUGCUUGUGUGGGAGAUUGCAACCUUGCUGCUACAGGAAAACUGAAAAUGCUUUACAAGAAGGUAGAAGGAUGCCAGAAACUCUCAAACAAAAAACCCCAAGCAUAUAUUUAAAAACAGUGAUGCCUCCUGCACAGGAAGUUGUACCAGGCGAUUAUAGCCUCAGCUUGUACUGAUAAUGACUUCACACUAGAGUUGUCUUCUGAAUUUUGUGUCUGAAGGUAUCCUCUUGCUUUCUCAGCAAAUCAUGGACAUCGUUGGCUUUCUGAAGUCUCAAUUCAUUUGCCACCUUCUGAUCUGCUACAUAUUUAUAGUGUCAGGACUGAUCAUUAACUUCAUUCAACUCUUUACACUUAUACUUUGGCCAAUCAACAAGCAACUGUUCAGGAAGAUCAACUGCAGGCUGGCUUACUGCAUUUCAAGCCAGAUGGUGAUGUUGCUGGAAUGGUGGUCAGGAACCGACUGCACCCUUUACACUGACCCAGAGAGUUACCACAAGUAUGGGAAGGAGAAUGCCAUCGUAAUCCUUAAUCACAACUUUGAAAUUGACUUUCUCUGUGGUUGGAACUUUUGUGAGAGAUUUGGGGUCUUGGGGAGUUCCAAAGUUCUUGCAAAGAAGGAGCUCUCCUACAUGCCUAUCAUUGGCUGGAUGUGGUAUUUCCUAGAGAUAGUCUUCUGCAAGCGCAAGUGGGAGGAAGAUCGGAAAACUGUGGUACAGAAGUUGCUCAAUCUUCGUGACUACCCUGAAAACUUUUGGUUCCUGAUUCAUUGUGAGGGCACAAGGUUCACUGAACAGAAGCACCAGAUCAGCAUGAAGGUAGCUGAAGCCAAAGGUCUGCCCAAGCUCAAGUACCACCUUCUGCCACGAACAAAAGGAUUUGCUGUCACCGUGCAGUGUUUGAGAAAUGUAGUUUCUGCAGUCUAUGAUUCUACCCUUAAUUUUAGAAAUAAUGAAAAUCCAACAUUGCUGGGAGUUCUAAAUGGAAAGAAGUAUCAUGCAGAUUUAUAUGUAAGGCGGAUUCCACUAGAGGAUAUCCCAGAAGAUGAGCAGGAAUGUUCUAUCUGGCUCCACAAACUAUAUCAAGAAAAGGAUGCAUUCCAGGAAGAAUAUUACCGCACAGGAACCUACCCAGCAGUCCCUACAAUACCACCCCGUCGACCAUGGACACUUUUGAACUGGCUUUUCUGGGCCUUAUUGCUGCUAUAUCCUUUGUUCCAGCUGCUCAUCAACAUGAUCAACAGUGGAUCAUCAUUGACACUGGCUAGUUUUGCAUUUGUCAUUAUAAUAGCUUCUGUUGGUGUCAGAUGGAUGAUCGCGGUUACAGAAAUUAACAAGGGCUCCACCUAUGGCAACAAUGACAACAAGCAGAAACAAAAGUAGCACCUUCAGAGACUGCUUCAAUCCAGGGGGAACAAAUGCAACUGCUGAAAACUCUUAAGUGCGUAUCACAGUUCUUCAAAUGAGAUCAGAGGAUGAAUAAUUGCCGUGCAUAUCUGAAUUUGUGCUCCUGUUGUUUUCCUCUGGGGUUUGGGCUGGAUGACAUGCUGGAAAGAUGCACUCCUUCGUAUACUCUCAACAACAGAUUUGCACAUGUGUGGUUGGUUUGUUUUCCUAUGAAGUGUCUUAAGUUUUGAAGAAAAAAAAAAAAAAUUCCAGCGUGCUCGUAUGAAGAGACUCUACCUGGAAACUAACCAGAGGUACAAGCUUUAAUGUCAGAAGAUUGUUACAAGAUGAUUAAACUUGAUAGUUGUGUAGCUCACACAGUUUAACAACCAUAAUCUGUCAGUGUUUAAAUACAGUACAGCGGGAUGCUGUGCUUGGUUGUAGCAGUAUUGGACUGAAGCAGCUCUGCUGAACUGGCAGAACUACAGUGGAGAUUUUGUACAUCCAGAACUUAUUCCCACAGUGUGCACUACAUGGGUCCUUUAAAACUUCAGCCAGACCCUGGACAUCCAGACAUGGGAGCCUGGCAGUAGCAGAACCUGGAUUAGAAUUUGGCCUUGUGGCCUGAGCAGAGCUAAGUUACCCAUUGCCCUCUCUUUCCCCAGGCCAUACAUCUGAGGGAUAGCUGAAACUUGUAGUUCUUCAGAAUAAAUGUAAUUUUUAAUUUGGAAAAAUUGAAGUAGUAAAAUUCCUUUUGGCUUUAAAUGCUACUUAAAAUUCCAGGCCAUCUUAAUAAUUUCAGAAAGAAAAUAACUGGGCAUGGUGUAGUGGAAUAAUGCAAAGUGUGCAGAAUGUAUUCCCUAUACCCAUACUGUUGUGAUCCUAAUUAACCUGCUUGUCUGUCUUUUCUGAUAAAUUAGUUUACUUGGUGCCUCAUAACAGCCAGCCUGAAGUAAUAGUAAAUUAUUUUCUUCUGAGGAGGAGGGGGAUCUAGGAGAGAGACCUAGUACAGUGGUUAUGGCUGAUUUUUUUGUCUGUCUUGAUCUGACACCCCUCUAAAUUAAAUAAAACUAGAAUCAAGCUCUGAGGAAAGAGCGGUUGCUAUGACAUUCCCAGCACCAAUUUCAGAGCAACUGUUCCCUGUUUUUAAACUUCCAGAGUUAAGGAUCUGCAGGUUACUAAAAAAUAACUUGUUUAAAGCAGAAGAAAAAAAAGGAAAAGUGGGGACAUUAACUAACAGCAAAUAUGAUUGGAAAAAAAUCACAAUUUUUUAAAGUCUACAGAUCCUGACACUGAGCAGUAGCGGUUGUGAUUGACAGUUUCAAAGACAGUCCAUAUUCACUCAGCAUAGAGCUAAAACCAUGGUAGUCUUUAGUGAGGAAAGUGAGUAGUCUUACUCCAGCAGCUGGUAUAAAAACAUUGCUCUUUUCAUGUAGUAAGACUGAGGCCAGAAGAAACAGGCUAAUACAACAAUAUGAAUCAUUCCAUGAAAUAUGUAUUUGCUAUUCAGUACAUCAGAUAAUCUAGAAACUCACCUUUUUAAUGUGCAGCACCUAAAAAGAUGAAGUAGUGCUUUUAGCAUGGGGCAGUAAGUGAAGGUUAGGGAUAGUGGAGGCAGUAACAUUUACAAGAUAAAGGAAGGCAUAGGCAGUGUGAGGGACUGCUCUCAGGGGCUUUUUGCCUCACACAUCUUGUGGAUACAUGCAUUCCCUAUGUUCUGAAGCUUUCAGGAGCAUCUCGUUCAAUGUCAUGAACAGAAACAUGGGCUCAGAUGUUUUUAGAGCCCAAGAGUAGAAAAUACUGUAAUGUUUACAAAUACUGUAAUGUUUAGAGUGCCCUGUAACACUCUUAACAGUGAAAAACUGAGUAUUGCAUCUUGUAGUAAUGAUCAGGCACAUAACAAGCCAGACCUGAAGCCAUGGUACACAAGAGCUGGAAAAUGGAUGGGAGGGGAGAAAGGAAAGGCCUCUCCAGGACAGCAUUUUACUGUGAACAUUAGCUGGCAGGCCCAGUGGCCUUUUCUCAGGGUGGUAGGUGAGCAGUUCUGAGUAGCAAAUACACAUUCCUGGAGUAACAGAGGCUCUUGUGCCUUCCUGAGAGCCACAAAUUUAACAUGCAGUAAGGAAGACAUCUGGCAUUCCUUAUGAAUCUUAGUCCUUUCCCCUCCAGCUGUGUACAGUGCCCUUCUCCCAGAGGAAAGCACCAAACAAGUAAAUAUUUCUGAAAGAGUGCUAAGAUGAUUUUAUAUCCAUUUCCCUGGGACCAAGAACAGGCUGAGGGCCAAACAUGCCACGCCUGGAUCCAUCCUCCUAAGCACUUGUGCAAGUCCUGGCACACCAAUGAGGCCCUUCCAGCACUCACUGACAGAGAAAGCUUAAUGGUCCUUGCCAAAGUUAAACUUCUGCAGUUCACUGUAUUAAAAGAAUGACAUAGGUUAUUAGGAAGCAGUGUUUGCCCCUCAUCCCCACAAGCAACUGUAUGUUCAAAAACUGCCUUAACAAAAUUAGUCUUAAUGUUUGUUUAUACAAAAAUAAAAUUAUAAAAAGCUAA